UGAAAAGAACAUCAAGUUUCUAGCACAAUAUUGGUGAGGAUAACCUCAAAACUGCUAGCACAAUGUCUGUGAAAUCUCAAAAGGCAAAACAGCUUGAUUCAGCACAAAGGACAUCAGUGUGGUCUGAAUCCGAGCAUAUGACAAUUGUAUGGACAAUACAGGGAGCAAGCGGGUUAAGGAUGUUUGCCAACACUGCACUGCUGCUAGCUCAUCCUCUAGACAUGCACAUUUUAGGACUGCCCUUGUCUAGAGGAUGAGCUAGCAGCAGUGUAAUAUUUUUUGCCGGUGAAAUGGCUUAGUUCCUCAGUCAUGAGUAGAAUAGUGAUGCCACAUGCAUUUUCUCUCGCAGAUCCUGAUCUACCCAGGCCCAGCAUUUCUUUUCAUCCUAGUCCAAUGCCACAGCUGGGGGAAAACAUCACCAUUCAGUGCUCUGUCAAUAAUUCAUACAAGGCAUGGUAUCUUUAUAAGGAUGAUGGUAAGAAGGAAUUACAGUCAGUGGAGGCAAGUAGCUCUGAUGCUGUGUUCCUCAUCAAGAAUGUGAGUGAAGCUGACGGAGGGAGCUACUACUGCAAUUAUAGACCCCAGUCAGGGUCCUUCAUCUCGGAGGCAAGUAAUAUCGUGGACCUUUACCUAGUAGGUGAGGAUCUUCACGAUAUUAACUUGCUAGCCUCUCCUGCCUCACUAAUCACCCCCACACUUCCAGCAGUUGUCUUGGAGGACCACCUAGAGAGCGACCACACCCUGGUGAACAUCAUUCGCUUUGUCAUAGGUGGUCUGGUCACUGUACUCCUUGGCUAUAUAUUGACUUUGGAUCGGCGUUUCCAAAGGGAGCAUGUACACUAGGUGAAGUCUUCGGAGGUGGUUUCACAUGUGUGCUACAUUGGUCUUUGCCUGCCUGGUGCCUUCCAGACCAAACUACUGCUCUCAUCAGCCCGCAUGUGCUGUCUAAGGCUGCUAGGAGAACAGCAGAACUUGGAGGACCACUGAUUCCUGUCUUUUCUUUACAUGUUCCCAGAUUCAAACAAAAGUUUUUUAAAAAACCAACCAAACAAAAAAAGAUUCAUUUUCAACUACAUGGAAAAAAACAUAUUUUAUAUGUGAAUGAAAAUAACAGUAUUCAAAUGUCCCUUGUAAAAUAUGUUACUAUUUGCAGCUAUUAGUAACAUCUUCAAGUGAGAAAAUCAUAAAAUUGUUGAAGUCAACCGUGAUGUUCCGGUGUUUGUGUAAAUAGUAUUGUAUGUAUAUGUAAUAAUAUUAGAGUUAUAUGAGGUACUGUAAAUGUGUAGGCAAGCUUAGCUCAUUUUUUUUAGUUGCUAUUUUGUUAGUAUUGUUUCUAUUGUUUUAUAGAUUAUAUAUGCCAUAUUGAUUUGUUUAUCCUAUAGUAUGACUUGUGCUGUAUUUGUGAUGUUUAGCUUAUUAGUGGCUGUUUCAUUAAUAGUCUUUUAUGGAUUCUAAUUGUUUUAUUGAUUGUUAAUUAUUUUACUAUGAUUUAUACUGUAUUUGGGAAUUUCUGUUAUGUUUUGUUAUAUGGCUGUUAUUGUUUGUAAGCCUCUUUGAGAUUCUUUUGAAAGAAAAGCAGCCUAGAAAUACAAUAAAUCAUGUCAAAUCAAUCAAAUCAAGAAUAAUAUGCAAAUUAAUGGCAUUUGUUGUUGGGAGGUGGGUGCUUGGAAUGUUGCUAGUGAAUGGUGAUUGGACAGAAGUUUUGAAAAAGGAGUUUGAAUUCUUCUGGGGGACAGUUGAGAGAGGCAGUUGAGUUUGAAAUUGAACUUGGAGUGACAGUUGGUUAUGGAUGUGGAGAGAGAGUAUUUGGUGGGGAGCAGGGCUGGUAUGAUGGAGCAGGGCCAGUAUUGUUUUAAAUGAAUCAAAAUAACCAGAUAAGAUAAAUAAAAAAUGAAACCAUGUGCUUCUCUACACUGCUACCCUAUAACUAAAGAGAAAAAUGUUCCAGAAGGUAAGGACCCGACAAGGCUGGAUAGAGUGGGGAAAUGACUCCAGUAGCCUCAAACCUUUUAGAUAUCACAUGCCUUCAGCAUCUUUGACUUUCAUUCUUUGGGGCUCUUCCAAUCUCCAAGGUUUGACAGGCAUCCAGCAUUGCAUGCAGAUGCCUGUCAUUCAGUCUGGUUGGCCACUCAUGAAGUUUUGGGAUUUUGAUUGGGGAGGGCAUGUUCUUCAAAGGCACUCUACAUAGGGCAUGUUGUGUGAUUUCUCGAAUCACAUAGUUGAUAGCAUAAUCACUGUCAUUUUAAACUAAAAAAUGGAAGAGAACACACACCAUUCUAAGCUGGUUUUUAAAAUAUCUAAGGCGGCACUCUUGGCCACUACAGCCACAUUCAGGGGCAGUGUCAGAUCCAAAAGCCUAUCCAAGCUUCAAACUUGAGUCCUCAGGGUGAGUGCAGCCGCACCUAAAACUAUUUAUACAUCUACCCCAGAAUCCCUAAGCACGUUCAUCUUGUUUUGAUAUAACACACACACACACGCACACGCACUUAUAAAUUGUAUCUCAUGUAAAGUGUCAAGGCAGCAUACCGCAAUAUAAAUGCGAUAAAAUGUCAUAAAAACAGUACAAUAUGUAUUGCAGUGGUUCUGGUCCUUCCUGGAGAACAAGUCCCAGAAGGUGGUUCUGAGAGUAUAUUGGCAAGGUUCUUUCUUGCUUCCUGUGCUUAUUACUUUCUGUGUGAGUGAGAUUGUCUAGAUAUUUGGGCUCAAGUGCUGCCAGGGUGUCGAGGACACCCACCUCAUCCUCUCACUCUGCCAUCUGCUGCUAGAGAAGUAGUGGAAGUUCUUAGAGGGUAUCUGGGGUGGUGGUGGCAUGAACUGAAUGAAAAUUAUGAUACGUGAUGCAAGAGAACCAAUAAGGACACGAUUCCCAGGUAAGGCCCCCCCCCUAUUGUGUGGGCAGGUGGUCCCUCCCCCUACCUGG